AUGCCCUCGCCCAAGAAGCAGCAGCAGCAGCAGCAGCAGCAGCAGCAGUUUCAGGCGCAGAACUACGUCGCGACGUAUUUCUCCAUCGACGUCGAGUGUGUGGCUACGGGGAACGAGCACAACGCCAGGGACGUGGCACAGAUUGCGUUGGUCGACCAGUUCGAGCGAUGCCUGCUGAACGUGUACGUGAAACCCCCGGAAGGAAAGAAGGUGCACUCGUACCUCACGCCCCUCACGGGCAUCACCGAAGACGUUCUGAGCGCGCACGGCGUGCCCCUCGAGGAUGCGAUGCAGCAUGUCCGCGCGGCGCUGCCGCCCCACGCGGUGCUAGUGGGACAAAACAUCGCCAAGGAUGUCGAGUGGCUCAGGCUGGAGGAAGGAAAGGAUUUCACCAGUUUGGUGGAUCUCGCCGGGCUGUGCUGCGUUGAUACUCGCACUCGGUUUGUUCGAUCUGUUCUUGACAUUUUCUCAUUUUUUCUAACUGGAACACACACAUGCGGGUUUGACUCUACCGUCUGGCGGGUGUGGAACCCCCAGUACAAAUCGUGGAGCGUCUUCUCCCAGGAUCACCUGGUGAAGACUCUGCUGGGCAGUGACGUCGGGGAGCAACACAACGCGGCGCUGGACGCGCUCAAGUCGAUCCGACUCUUCAACUACUUCAACUACCUGCAGUCGGGGCAGGGCGGAGGUGAAGCCGCGCUCGACGCCGUGAAGCAGAAGCUCCUGGAGUCGCCCCCCGAGCCGAGCUUCGCGAAAAAGAAUCCAUCUUGGGAGGGGGUCUGCAUGGGAAAUAGAAAGACGUGCACUUGCGGUGCACCAUUCUUCGGUUAG